CCCCGAAACAUUGAGAAUCCAGCCCAAUACAAUGGUGACUGUAUAGGCUUCUAAAACCCAGGUCCGACAAAUUGGUCUUUCUGUAGUAUCUCUGUUGGGCCUGAUAAUUGAUUCUGGGGGAUUGAAUUAGGAGCGGCCCAAGAACAGAGAACGGGAACGUUGAGAAGCACGCGCCGCAUGGCUCUCUCCCAAGUUCCCGCCAAAGCUCGCGGGCUGACGCGCUUCGCCAUUUUCAUUCCCGCCUUUCCCCUCUGCGCUCUCUCUUAACUACCUCCACCUCCCGCCUCUUACACCUCUGGCGUCGUUCAACUCUCCCUCUCUCUUUCCAGGUAUCUGAUUCGCUCUCCAUUCGUUUCCACUCUGUUACUAGUAUAGAAUAAUAAUCAGAUGGCGCCAUCGAGAAAGGCUAGCAACGGGCGGUCACCGCUGGUCAAUCAACAGCGUCAAAUCACUGCAUUCUUCGGCAAGAAGCCAGAAUCAUCUUCUCCUUCCCCCUCGCCGUCUCCGGUUGUUUCCAAACAAAACCCUAGGAAGCCGGAAUCAUUGUCUUCUCCUUCCCCCUCUCCGUCACCGGUUGUUUCUAAACAAAACCCUAAGAAACUGGAAUCAUCGUCUUCUCCUUCGCCGUCGCCGGUUAUUUUCAAACAAAACCCUAACCUUGGUGCGAGCCCGAGCCCGAGCCCGAUCACUCCUUCACCUCUCCAGUCAAAGCGCAAGAAACCUGUCCUAGUCAUCGGCGCGAAUUUGGCUUCUUCUUCUCCUGGAAAUCCUACCUCUGAUAAGAAGUCGUACGGGGCGGAGGUUGUUGAGAGGAGGAUCAGAGUGUAUUGGCCGUUAGAUAAGUCUUGGUACGAAGGUUGCGUGAAGUCGUUUGAUAAAAUAUCAGGAAAGCAUUUGGUGCAGUAUGAUGAUGCUGAGGAGGAAAUGCUAAAUCUUUUGGAGGAAAAGAUCCAGUGGAUUGAGGAGCCGGCAAAGAAGAAGCUUCGGAGGCUAAGAAGGAUUUCAGUGGUGGAAGAUGAAGAGGAGGAUGAUCUCAAUGAGUUACAAGAUGAUUCGGAUGAUGAGGAUUGGGGGGAGAAGGAGGAAAAGGAAGUAACGGAAGAUGAGGAUUGUUUGGAGGAUAUGGAUUCGGAAAAUGAAGAGGAAAGUGGAAGAGGUGGUGUUGGGAAGAAGACGAACUCCAGUAAACGAAAGGCGAGUGGAAGAGGGAAAACGGAAUCAAUUGCUCGUAAGAAGAGCAAAAUCGGGGUAGAGUUGGAGAAUAGCGUUUCUACUGUUUCUUUUGCUGGAAAUUCAGAAAAGCGGAAUGAGCCUACUGCAAGAAUUAGUGCUGAUGGUGGGAAGGUCUCUCUUCGAGAUAGCCCAACUGUGGGAGAUGCAGCAGAAAGAUUUGUCACACGUGAAGCAGAGAAGUUGCCUUUCCUUGAGGUAGAUCGUAGGGAUGCCAAUAGAAGGCGCCCUGGGGAUGCAAAUUAUGACCCAAGGACCCUGUACUUGCCUCCGGAAUUUGUUAAAAGUUUAACAGGUGGCCAGAGGCAAUGGUGGGAAUUCAAGUCAAAGCAUAUGGACAAGGUUCUCUUUUUCAAGAUGGGCAAGUUUUAUGAACUUUUUGAAAUGGAUGCACAUGUUGGAGCAAAAGAACUUGGUUUGCAGUAUAUGAAGGGAGAGCAACCGCACUGUGGGUUUCCAGAAAAGAACUUCUCAAUGAAUGUAGAGAAGCUGGCGAGAAAGGGUUAUCGUGUUCUUGUUGUGGAGCAAACAGAGACACCCGAACAGCUUGAGCUUCGUAGGAGAGAGAAAGGAUCUAAAGAUAAGGUUGUGAAACGUGAGAUAUGUGCCGUGGUGUCAAAAGGAACUUUAACAGAGGGAGAAAGCCUUUCAACCAACCCUGAUGCUUCUUAUCUGAUGGCAGUGACUGAAAGCUGUCAAGUUUCAGCAAACCAACAAGGGGUUCACAUACUUGGUGUCUGUGUGGUUGAUGUUGCAACCAGUAAAAUUAUCCUUGGACAGUUCAGGGAUGAUGCAGACUGCAGUUCCUUAUGCUGUUUAUUAGCUGAGUUACGGCCAGUGGAGAUUAUAAAACCGACUAAGCUGCUCUGUCCCGAGACUGAAAAGGCACUGUUUAGACAUACAAGAAAUCCUCUGGUUAAUGAGCUGAUUCCUUUCUCUGAAUUCUGGAAUGCUGAGAAAACUAUUUGUGAAGUCACGAGCAUCUAUCAGCGAAUUGGUGAUCAUGCAUGUUUUUCUGCUGCGGUUGAAACUGCUUUGCAACCCUGUGAUUCUUCAUUGGAAGAUGGUAACAGAAACUGCUUACCAGAUGUAUUAUCCAACCUUAUAAAUGUGGGUGAGGAUGGAAGCCAAGCACUCUCGGCACUUGGUGGCACUCUUUUCUAUCUGAGGCAGGCUUUUCUGGAUGAAACUCUUCUCAGAUUUGCAAAGUUUGAGUUGCUUCCUUGUUCUGGUUUUGGUGAAAUCACUCAAAAACCAUAUAUGGUUCUUGAUGCAGCUGCACUAGAAAAUCUUGAGAUAUUUGAAAACAGCAGAAAUGGGGAUUCUUCAGGGACAUUAUAUGCUCAAGUGAACCAUUGUGGCACAGCAUUUGGUAAAAGGUUACUUAGAACUUGGCUUGCAAGACCCUUAUAUCAUCUUGAGUCCAUUAAGGAACGCCAGGAUGCUAUAGCAGAAUUAAAGGGAGUUAAUAAACCAUAUGUGCUUGGCUUUAGAAAAGAGUUAUCCAAGCUCCCCGACAUGGAACGUUUGCUUGCACGCAUCUUUGCUGGCAGUGAAGCUAAUGGCAGGAAAGCAAAUAAAGUUGUUCUGUAUGAGGAUGCAGCAAAGAAGAAGCUGCAAGAGUUCAUUUCAGCUCUACGUGGGUGUGAAAUAAUGAUCCAUGCAUGCUCUUCUUUUGGUGCCAUUUUAGAGAAUGUGGAGUCUAGACUGUUGCAUCACCUAUUAUUGCCUGGUGCAGGGGUUCCUGAUGUUCAAUCAAUUUUGAGGCAUUUCAAGGAGGCCUUUGACUGGGAGGAAGCAAAUCAUUCGGGACGUGUAAUACCUAGAGAGGGGGCAGAUCUAGAGUAUGAUGCUGCAUGCCAAGUAGUUAAAGACAUUGAAUCCAAUCUCAGAAAGCAUUUAAAGGAACAACGCAAAUUACUUGGAGAUGCAUCUAUUUGUUACGUGACGAUUGGAAAGGAUGCGUACCUUUUGGAAGUGCCUGAGAGUUUGUCACCAAGUAUUCCGAAGGAAUACGAGUUGAGGUCAUCCAAGAAGGGUUUCUACAGGUACUGGACUCCUGUGAUUAAAAAAUUAAUCGGGGAGCUUUCUCAAGCUGAAUCUGAGAAGGAAUCAAAAUUGAAGAGCAUUCUUCAGAGGUUAAUUGGACGAUUUUGCGAGAACCACAAUAAAUGGAGACAACUGGUCUCUGCUGUUGCAGAACUGGAUGUUUUAAUCAGCUUAUCAAUUGCAAGUGAAUAUUAUGAAGGAAAAACAUGUCGUCCAGUUCUAUCUGCAUCACAUUCUGAUGAAGUGCCAUUCCUCAGUGCUAAGAGUCUAGGUCAUCCUGUUCUAAGGAGUGAUACACUGGCCGAGGGUACCUUUGUCACCAAUGAUUUCAAACUGGGUGGUUCUGGUAACGCGAGCGUUAUAGUCCUUACUGGUCCAAACAUGGGAGGAAAGUCUACUCUUCUACGUCAAGUUUGCCUGGCUGUGAUUUUGGCCCAGAUAGGAGCAGAUGUGCCAGCAGAAAGUUUUGCAUUGUCUCCUAUCGACCGAAUAUUUGUUCGAAUGGGUGCUAAAGAUCACAUUAUGGCUGGCCAUAGCACAUUCCUGACAGAGCUUUUGGAAACUGCCUCUAUGCUGAGUUCAGCAACCCGCAAUUCACUUGUGGCAUUGGAUGAGCUGGGGCGAGGGACAUCAACAUCAGAUGGGCAAGCUAUUGCGGCAUCGGUUCUUGAACAUUUUGUUCACACAGUAAAGUGUCGGGGAAUGUUUUCUACACAUUAUCAUAGAUUAGCUAUUGACUACCAAAAGGAUCCCAAGGUUGCCCUUUGUCAUAUGGCGUGCCGAGUUGGAACAGGAGUUGCGGGCCUGGAGGAAGUAACAUUCCUUUACAAAUUGACACCUGGUGCAUGCCCUAAAAGUUAUGGUGUAAAUGUUGCUCGAUUGGCUGGACUUCCUGAUUCAGUACUACAAAGGGCUACAGCUAAGUCUCAGGAGUUUGAAGGAAGUUAUGGCAAGAGGGUAGGAGUCAACUUAUCCAGUCAAAGGUGGGAAGACACGGCAUCUCUGGUCAUCAAGAACUUGAUGGAGAUUGCAGCUUCUAACAAUUGCCACACUCCCACCGAUAGCAUGGUUGUUGGCUCCUUGGCCAACCUGCAAUAUAGAUCUAGGUCACUUCUACAACGACAUUAGGAUCCAUAUAUGGUAGAGUUUGGCCUCCUACUGUGAUUGCACUCCCCUUCUGUAUUGGAGAAAAUAUUUUUCCAGCGCCUGGGUGCAUGCACAGUACAAUUUUCCAAUUUAAUAUGCUAGCCGAACCAAUAUAUUUAUU